GUAUAGUUUGUGUAAUUUGUAUAAUGUGUGUGUUUGUAUAAUUUUUGUAAUUUGUCUUAGUAUAAUUUGUAUAUUUUGUAACUUAAUUUUAAUGAAUUGUAUUGUAGGGGCUCUUUGGUUGGGUGAUGAUAGUCGUCAUGAUUUCAAUGACGAUAUAUAUCAUGGCAAGAAAACGGAAAGCAACGGACAAAGACACCGACAAAGGCAAGGGAAAGAGUGUCGGUAGUAGUACAAACAAAAAGAAGGCGAAGGGAAAAGGCAAGGGAAAAGGAAAGGGAAAGACGGGGUUGCGUGACGAGCCAACGGAUUCGGAAACCGAAUCGGAGCAUAACACGAGGGAGGCGGAGGCGGAGGAGGAACCGGCGAGAAGAGUUGUGAGGAUGCCACGGUCACAUUCAUGCGGCAUUUUUGGAGCUAAGAUACCAACAAGACCUCGACGGAUCAAUAUCUCCGAUGGACAUAUUGAAGAUAAUGAGGCAAAAAAGACUUUGCUUGCGAUUAUUCGGGCAAGAUGGCCUUUGGGUAAGUACACGUUUAGUGACAUAGACGCGGCUUACCCAAAGUGGCUCGGUCUAAGGGUUGAGGAGUUUCUCAAAUAUUAUAGGCAAUUGAAAGGUCAAAGCCGUUCACAAGCCAAAGCUAUCAUUGAAGAUCACAUAAAGGUCACAAUCAAAAGGACCAUGAAUGAAUUGAAGAGGAGGAUCGAGAGGAAGUCAAGGGAGGAAGGGGUUUCGAAGUUGGCUUUGAAACCGGAAUAUUGGAAUAUCAUUUUUUGGAAAGAUCUUCUCAAGUAUUGGGACACGGAUGAAGGGCACUUGCAUAGGUCGGAAGUUGGAGCUGCUAAUCGGCAACGCGUGGAAAGGUUGCAUAGCGCGGGUGCUCGCUCCUUCAACCGUGUGCGCGAGAACAUGAAAAAGAAAUUGUCUAAAAGUCCGACAAAGCUUGAGGUGUGGGAUGAAUGCCACACUAGGAUCACCUCCACUCCCGAGAGCCGGAUAUAUACUACCCCCGCCGCUAUGCGCAUUGCGCACUUUAAUUAA